AUGCAGCCCAACAGCAGUUUGCCGAUGAGACCAAGACCGACGAAACCUGGCCGGAAUUGGACGGAGAAGAAUCGGCGGCAGCAAAUGAAAGUUCUAUAUCGUCGACUCGCCUCUCUCGUCUCUGGUGAAAACUGUCUGGAAAAAUGUCCGGCUUUUGACUUGUUGGAUCACGCCACGAACUACAUAAAAAAACUAGAGAAAAACGUUGAAGAGCUGAAAGCAAGAAAGGACAAUCUACAAGCAUCAGUGGUCGUAUUAGCCGUGAAUGACAAUGAGAGAGGCGAAAGUUUAGAGAUAAAUAUAGCGUGUGGGUGGGAGAACAAGAAGCUAAAGAUGGAUAAAGUGUUUCGGAUUCUUCAAGAGGAAGGCACAGAAGUUGUGAGUGCAACUAACUCCACUGUGGGCCUCAACAUCUACCAUACAAUUAUUUGCAAGGUAUACUAUACAGUAAUAAACAGCCAUUUUCAUCUGCUUUGUGUUAGCAUCGUGUUAGCCGGAGCCAGCUAA